UCUCUUUGACUCUUAAUUCCCAGAAAAGAGAGAAAAAGUCGCCGGAGUGAAAGACACGCUGGUGGUCUCAUUCACCACUACCACUUUUGAUUUCUGUUAAGGAAAAAGCGAAGACUCGAACUUCUCUGUCUCUCUGUCUCUCUCUCUCUCUCUCUUCAUUCUCUUUGAUCCCUAAUCUUCGGGCCCUUGCAUUAACCGGUCGUUUUCUACUGGGACUCCUCUAGACGACGUCGUGUUGAUAUAGGUUUUGGUGAGAUUAGAGCCUAAUAAUCUCUCUGACUUGUUAAUGAUCAUACUUUGCGGUGGAUCGUGUUGAGGGUGUGUGGAUGGGCUAUGGCGGAACCAACGUCAGGAGCAGGCGGUACUUGGAAAGAGGGCAAGUUAUGGAAAAUGGUUUUCGCUGUGGCCGGAAUCAUGACCACCCUUGUCACCUACGGUGUCUUACAGGAAAAGAUCAUGAGAGUACCAUAUGGGGUGAACAAAGAAUUUUUUAGAUUCUCGCUAUUUCUUGUUUUCUGCAAUCGGAUUACAACAUCUGCUGUCUCUGCAGGUGCUUUACUGGCAAGUAAAAAAGCCUUGGACCCAGUUGCUCCCCUUUACAAGUACUGCCUUGUGUCAGUAUCAAACAUACUAACCACGACAUGUCAGUAUGAGGCCCUUAAAUAUGUCAGCUUUCCUGUUCAGACACUUGCUAAGUGUGCUAAAAUGAUACCUGUUAUGGUUUGGGGCACUCUUAUUAUGCAGAAGAAAUAUGGAGGACAUGACUAUUUGUUGGCUUUUAUAGUGACCCUGGGCUGUUCAAUAUUUAUUCUAUAUCCGGCAGCAUCUGACAUUAGCCCAUACGGUAGAGGAAGGGAAAACACUGUUUGGGGCGUCUCCCUGAUGAUUGGUUAUCUUGGGUUUGAUGGAUUUACAAGCACAUUCCAAGACAAACUUUUUAAAGGCUAUGAUAUGGAAAUACACAACCAAAUAUUCUACACAACAUCGUGUUCUUGUAUUCUUAGCUUGAUAGGUCUUAUAUUACAAGGGAAUCUACUUCCAGCAAUAGAUUUUGUUUAUCGCCAUAAUGAUUGUUUCUUUGAUGUCGCAUUGCUUUCCACUGUUGCAACAGCAAGCCAGUUUUUCAUUUCUUACACAAUUCGCAAUUUUGGCGCCCUUACUUUUGCCACCAUAAUGACCACAAGACAGUUGGUGAGCAUCAUGCUGUCGUGUGUGUGGUUUGCCCAUCCUCUUACCUGGGUACAGUGGAUCGGAGCUGUUACUGUCUUUGCUUCCCUUUAUGCAAAAAGCUUUAUGAGAAAUCCACCUCAAAAAUCUUUACCUUUAGAAGCUAUGGAAAAUGGAGCUUCUAGUCCUGUGAAGGAGAAUCCGCGAUGAUAUCUGGUACUUGUAACUGUCUCUAACAUUGGUACUAGGCAGCUUUAGUUUUUUAGUGCAAAAGCUGCAUAAUGAACUGAGAAGGCUCAUGCAGGAACUGAGUCAGCAGCAAUCAUUUCUGAUAUACAGAGUUUAAAAGAUCUUAUGAUCCCCGAUUUUUGGAUAGUUAAGAUAAAUCAUAGAUUAACUAAAGGCUAAAGCCAAAGGAAUGUUUUUAUUUAUUUGUUUGUUUUUUGGAACUUGGAUUCGAAUGACUAAAAAGAAUUUCCCAUGCAGUUGCUUAAGCGACAUUUUGCUUGUUUGGCUGAGCAGUGUAAUUUGAGGGGGGGAAAAAAAACAGUAUAGAAAGAAAAGUUUUGAGGCUAA